UGCAGCCACUGGUUUCAUUUCCCAAACUUCUGGCUCCACUCACUCCUAUACCAUCCCAGCAUCCAUCCCUAUAUAAACAAGAUCACUCGGCCACUGAGGCUAUCAAAUCAUCAAAUUGUUAACAAGAGAAGAGUAUCUGAAGAAUACAUUGGAGAUGAGUUCAACAAGCAAAGCCUGGAUAGUUGCAGCCAGUGUUGCAGCAGUUGAAGCCCUGAAAGAUCAAGGAUUCUGCAGAUGGAACUACACCAUUAGAUCAUUAAAUCAACGUGCCAAAAACAAUAUCAGACCAUUUUCUCAGUCGUCCAAGAAGUUGUCUUCUUCAUCUACUGCUGUGGUUUCAAGCAAAAUAAGAGAACAGAUUGCGAAGUCAUCAGAGGAAUCUUUGAGAACAGUCAUGUACUUGAGCUGUUGGGGUCCCAACAACUAAACUGGUCAAGAGUUGCAGUAAUUUCGGAAGGCUUGUAUGAGGAAUCAACAACUUAUAGUUAUUGAUUCGAAUUUGUCACUCUCAUGUAGCGGUUUUAUAUAUAUAUGUUCAUGAGGUGGUAGAUAAUUGUAACUUGUAUAAUUGUUUAUAUAUAGAAAUUGAGAGAAUUGUUAGCACACA